AAUAGAAAACUCAAAGUUACUCUUGAGUGUUGUUGUUGCUGUAGGGUAUUUCUAUCCUCUGCACUCUGCAGUGUGCCCCUUGUUCCUCCCAUGAAUUCAGCAUCUCUAGCUUCCUUCGUCCUCACACCCCCACCACCAUGCAAGUUCCGCCCCUUUCUGCAAACCAAACACCAACCCACAUUUAACACUCUCCUCACCCUCUCUCCCAUCUCUCUCACCCCAAAACCCUCUCCGCCGCGAGCCACCGACUCCAACCUCGACGCCCCCGUCUCCCUCCCCGUCCCCAUCGCCGAAAUCAUCGAGAAGGACUGGUCGCUCCUCGAUUGCGCCGAACCCGGUUCGGAAAAGGGGAGCAUUGAGCGCAUUGUGGCUGCUGCGAGGGUUGAAGAGGGUUCCAGGGUUUUGGUUUCGACUGGGUCUGAAGACUUUGUGGAUUGCUUGGUGGGGUUGACUCGCUCUCUGUUCGUUGUUCAUGAUUCUCUUCUCAUAUUGGCUUGUGUUAAGGAAAAGUAUGACAAGGUUAAGUGUUGGCAAGGGGAGGUUUUGUAUGUUCCAGAAAAGUGGGCUCCUUUUGAUGUUGUGUUUCUUUAUUUUCUACCUGCGUUGCCUUUCGGACUCGACCAAGUUCUGGGGUCUUUGGCUGGGAAAUGUGCGCCGGGGGGAAGAGUGAUUAUCAGUCAUCCCAAAGGGAGAGAAGUAUUAGAACAGCAGAGACAACAGUACCCAGAAAUAGUAGUUUCUGACCUACCUGACAAAACACAUUUACACAGUGUUGCAACUGCUCAUUCUUUUGAUGUGGCUGAAUUUGUGGAUGAACCUGACAUGUAUUUAGCUGUUUUAAUCUGCUCGAGAGCUUAAAAACUAGAGUGGAUACAUUUCAAUACACAAUUUGAUUGAACUAUGUAUAUGCUGUUUUUCUUUUUGACUAAUAGUUUGAAUUUUUGGAUUAAAAAUGAUAAAAUAAUAUAAUUUGUUUGAUA